AUGGCUACACUGUUUAGACAAGCCAUAAUUGACUCUUUGCCUUGUGCAGUUAAAAGCCGACUGGAAGAUGUAGUUGGCCUGAACUCUAAGUCACAUAAGGAGUUUUGUGAUUAUGUGUCCCAUGCUGUUGACCAGUACAGAAAGACUGAACAACGACUUAAAAAGCAAGAGAGUGAGUUGCAGAGAAAACUAACUCAGCUACAGCUGGAGGAACUGACCAGAAAGAGCAAAAAGAAGGUCCAGGCAGCUGUAGUGACAGAGGAGGGGGAUGAAGCUAUGAUGGCUCCAAUUACAGCAGCACCACCAAUGACUCAGCCAAGCCCAUCUGCAGGUUACCUAUUGCACCGAAACCAGAUGACCCCACCAAUCAUUAACGUCUACGCACAAGAGCCAGAGGCAAGGUGGCAGAAAAGGUCAACACAAAGAGAGCAGAAGGGGACAAGCAAACCCUAUGCACUGACGCCCCCUGGUGUCUGUUGGGGGUGUGGACUAACAGGACACAACAAGAGACAUUGUCCCACAAAUCCAUGGGAGUCUCCUUGUGGUAAUCCUGCAGGGGAAAAUCAGCUUCCAAUGAUAACAACAAAUUCUAGUCAAGAACCAAUGUUACCAAUCAAAAUAGAGGGUAAAACAAUACCAAUGCUUCUUGAUACAGGGGCUGUGUACACAUCUAUUAAUGCAAAUUAUGCUGCUCAUCUUCCCCUGUCUGGUAAAUAUGCAAAGACUGUAGGAUUCUCGGGAAAAACACAGUUAAUUCCAAUGACUUCGCCAGUGUGCAUAGAAACUAAAAAUCAAAGUGUUACUUUACCCAUUCUUGUUUCAACUCAGACUCCUGUCAAUUUACUAGGAAGAGAUGCACUGUGUAAAUUAGGUUUACACAUUUGGUGUUCCCCUGAGGGUGUAUAUAUUGAUGCAAAAGGAAUUGACACUCAAAUGAUGGUUGCAGAACCAAAGGCUAAUAUCUAUUGGAUAGGGCAAAUAGAUAAAGAAGUAUGGGAGACAAUUAAUAAGUGGGGAAAAUACAUUGAAGCACAAAUUCCUGACUCAAAAAUGCCACAAUCAGGGUUUCAUUGUACAAUGAUGUAUGAUACAAAAAGAGAUUUGAGCUUAGAAAAGGAAUGGCAAGAAAAUACUGAGGGACAACAAAUUGAAAUUGUUUCACAAUACAUGAUUGUAGGGCAACAGGGAGCAGCAUUACAUAUACCAAGAGAAGGAUUUGUAGAGAAAUGGUUUAAUGUAAUAGGUUCAAUUCCACAUAUAGCCAUGUAUGUGGGAAGAAAUUGGGAAACAAAAGAUUUAGGCCCGAUGAUGGAACAAGCAGAAAAGAGUAGGUGGGAGACUACAGAACAUCCAUUAAUUUUUCAGUCUUCUGACAAAAAAUACAUCAAAAUUGUAUGUGCAACCAAAUUGUUGGGAAUACCUCAGGAAGUAAUUCUAAGUGAAGAAAAAAUGACACAAAUGAAUACAAUGUCAGAAUUAACAGAUAGUUCAGAAACUGAAUUGUUUAAGGAAAUGGAAAGUCAAGUACCAAUUAAAUUAUGGUCAUUGCAUGAUACAGAUGUUGGGCUAAUUCAAUCAGCCAGCCCAGUGAGGGUUAAGAUUAAACCAAAUGCACAAUUGCCUAGAAAAGCACAGUACCCUUUACGACCUGAUGCUGUAGCAGGCAUAAGAAACACAAUUGAAGGAUUGGUGAAAGCAGGAGUAUUAGUAGAAACAACUAGUUACUGUAAUACUCCAAUUAUGCCUGUAAUCAAACCAGACAAAAACAGAUGGCGUCUAGUUCAUGAUCUAAGGGCAAUCAAUGAUAUAGUCGAAGAUUUUACGGCUGAAGUUCCAAACCCACAUACUCUCCUAACAAAUAUUCCUCCUGAUGCCAAAUACUUUACUGUAAUUGAUCUUUGUUCAGCCUAUUUCAGUGUACCGUUGGCAGAGGAAAGUAGAUAUUUGUUUGCAUUUACCUAUGCUGGUAAACAGUAUACAUACACCAGAAUGCCACAAGGAUUUAAACACUCUCCACAUGUAUUUAAUCAAAUUCUUAAAGCAGAUUUGGAGGAGUGUGGAAACAAAGAGGUUUUAAGAAAACUGAUGGGUCCCCCAUCCAACAUGCUGAACAGAUAG